AUGUCUAUGAUCGACUUGCCCCAAGACCAGCACUGCGACAUUCAGAUAGAGAACUUCAAUUUUCUUAGCAUGCAUGCUACCAUGGACGAGGAGAUGGAGGUCUUCAACUGGGCCGACGAGCUCAAAGAGUCCCUCAAGAGCUGCGCAUCCUGUUGCUCUGCAAGCCGAGAUUGCGACGUGUGCAGGAGCGCACAGAGCAAGAGCCUGGAGUUUCCUUCGAACCCGCUCUUCGAGGAGACCAUGGAAAUGCAAGCUAGGCUGCCGUCUUUUGCCUUAGAAGCUGGUCACCACUUGGAAGAGAACGCAGAGAUGGAGGAGACGGAGAACGUAGUCAAGGUCUACCCCAAGAGGAGGAAGAACUCUGUUCAGGAGUCUCCCUCCGUCGAGAUUUCGCACGAGAUGCUUGCGGAUCACUUUCAUGAGCCACUGGAAAUUGCUGCUGCAAAGAUUGGGAUCGGAAAAUCUACCAUGAAGAUUGUCUGCAGAAAGCUCGGAGUUGAGAAAUGGCCGUACACGAACAAGGGGAUGCCCCGUCGUCGGCACGCGAGCGCAUCGAAGUUUUAG